GCGUCGGGGCGGCUCAUUUGCACCUUGGUGUUGGAGCGAGGCGCACUCUCAGAGUCACACACACACGUACAGUGGAAGCAGCAGCGACCACUGAGCCGAAGAGCCUGACCACGCAGGAACUCCAGAGUUUUCAGUUUCUUGGGGGGAAAGACCGAACAAAGCCGCCAAGAUGUGUGACAUGGGAGGACUCGAUAACCUGGUGCAAAACACCGCCUAUCUAAAAGCCCAGGGUGGAGAUGACAAGGAGAUGAAGAAGCGGCGGCGGAGUCUGUCUCUGCCCAAGCCAGAUCAGUGUGCAGCCGUACGCACCCAGGUGGAUAAGACCUUUGAGUACCUCUGCGAGCAGCAGCCCGUAGGGAAGAAGUUCUUCCGUGAUUACCUAAAGCAGGCAUCUCCCGACUAUGUGUCCGCCGCAGAGUUCCUGGACGAUCUUACCGACUGGGAACUGUCACUCCCCGGCGCUGCCAGGGACAAGGCCAAAACAAAUAUCAUCAAUAAGUACUGCAAGGAGGGCUCCAAGAACUUCAUGAAGUUCUUGACUGGAGAUGCACUUGACAAAUGCAAAGCAGUGACAGAAAAGGACUUUGAUGAGGUGGUACCUUCUAAAGUGAAAGAUGGCACCAGAGAAUUCAUCAAGGGAAAGCCAUUCACGGAUUACCAGACCAGCCCAUUCUUUGAUAAGUACUUGCAGUGGAAAGAAUUUGAGAAGCAACCCAUCAGUGACAAAUACUUCUAUGAGUUCAGGACAUUAGGAAAGGGAGGCUUUGGAGAGGUAUGUGCUGUGCAAGUAAAAAACACGGGCAAGAUGUAUGCCUGCAAAAAGCUGGACAAGAAACGUCUGAAAAAGAAACAUGGUGAGAAGAUGGCCCUGCUCGAGAAGAAGAUUCUGGAAAAAGUCAACAGCCUGUUCAUUGUCUGCUUGGCAUACGCCUACGACACCAAAGAGCACCUGUGUCUGGUCAUGAGCUUAAUGAAUGGAGGAGACCUCAAGUACCAUAUCUACAGCAUUGGCGAGAAGGGUAUCGAGAUGGACCGCAUCGUCUACUACACCGCCCAGAUCACCACUGGCAUCCUGCACCUGCACGCCAUGGACAUUGUUUACCGUGACAUGAAGCCCGAGAAUGUGCUGCUGGACAGCCUGGGCCAGUGCCGCCUGUCUGAUCUGGGUCUGGCUGUGGAGCUGCCAGCUGGAAAAACCAUCACCCAGAAGGCUGGUACAGGUGCCUACAUGGCCCCUGAGAUUCUGACCGACAUCCCAUACCGAACAUCAGUGGACUGGUGGGCCCUUGGCUGCAGUAUCUAUGAGAUGGUUGCCGGCUACACCCCCUUCAAGGGGCCCGAUGACAAGAAACAGAAGCUAGAGAAGGAGGAGGUCCAGAGGCGCAUCAUCAAUGAGGAGCCCAAGUGGGAGCACAAGAACUUUGAUGCUCCCACUAAAGAUGUCAUCCAGCAGUUCCUCAAGAAGAAGAUUGACGACCGCCUUGGCUGCAAGAACAACUGUGAGGACCCCAGGAAGCAUGAAUUCUUCAAGAGCAUCAACUUCCCCCGUCUGGAGGCUGGUCUGACCGAUCCCCCUUGGGUGCCCAAGCCCAACGUUGUGUAUGCUAAGGACACUGGCGAUAUUGCAGAGUUCUCUGAGAUCAAGGGCAUCGUGUUCGAUGACAAAGAUGACAAAUUCUUCAAGGAGUUUUCCACAGGCGCCGUGUCUAUUCCCUGGCAAGAGGAGAUGAUUGAAACCGGACUUUUUGACGAGCUCAACGACCCCAAUCGGAAAGAGUCCGCAGCUGGUCUCGACGACGAGAAGAAAUCAGGCACCUGCACACUUCUGUGAGGAGGGGGUCUCAUUGAUGCAAUAACAAAUAAAUUCCACUCUGUUAUUGAUAGCAAAAAGGCAACAACAAUGAAAGAUCUAUCCAAAGCAUGCAUUACUAAAGAUGGAGAUGUUGUCCAAGAGAUAUGUUGCACCCCAACAGUAGGGCUGGGGUAUCCUAAAUGUAUUUCUUAAACACUGGCAGAUGCAAAACCACUGGGUUAUGGGGAAAUUUAUAGAGUGUUAUGGUGGCCCGAGCCUUAUACAUACAUACAGAAGAGAGUUGAAACAUCUUGUCCAGGCAUGAUUGUGUUGUAAAUAUACUAGGCUUAGUUACAGUCUCCAGUCGAAAACAAGGACCAAGGUAAGGAGAGUAAAUUACAGAAAUGGUCCUUGCACAUGGACAGUCAAAAUAUCUUUUAUUUUCUAUCUAUGCUAUCUGAUCUGUCAGAAGAAGUCUCAAGAGAUAUGUUAGUAUGAAGAGCAGUGCAACCUUUGUAGUGUACAGAAAGAUCUGGAGUGUCACACCUCAAUCUCAGAAGAAGAGUCCAGGACUUUGGGCCACCUUAAAUAUUGUAAUUGUUUUUUAAUUGGUAAUGUUGAACAUUUGAAUGUUGGACAUUUAGCUAUCUUCUACAGUUACUCAGCAUGUUUAACUGCAUUGUCAACAUAUAUCUGUACUAGUUAUUUCUUUUAAAAAAAGAUUGAUAAUCUGCUAUUUUUGCAACACAAAUGUGCUUCCAAUGAAACUUGUACUUUGAAGGUAACAUGACAUGACAGCCAUGUACGUAUACAUAUGUAUAUACAGUUAAAGAAGCACAGCUGUGUGAUGUUCACAUAAAGUAGAUAUUAGCCUAUAUAGAUUUAUAAUAAUGAACGUAAUGAACGUUUACAGAUAUUAAAUACAGAAAUGAAAGUGUGUGUGUGUGUGUGUGUGUGUGUGUGUGUCUGACACCAGGCCGUUGUAUGAAGGGAUAAGGGCAAGGCCCAAGAGGAG